GGGCACGUGAUAGUGAUUAUUUCUUAUAUUGUUUGAAAGGACACGGUGUGCCCUUUUUAAAAGAAAACAUGUUGUUCGUCGCGAUUAAUAAAAUACUUUUAAUUGGUGGUUCGUUUAUUAAGAUGUUUGCUUGACUGCAUCGUAUUUUCGACUGACUUUCUUUGGGGUAGAAAAGUUCUGCAGCUACCUGCUCUUUCUCCCCGGCGGUCACCCACCGCAGGUAUAAUUUGUUCGUACACAUGUUCCUUUUUUAACUGGAAAUCGUCAAAAAUGAAUGGUCAAUUACUGGAACAAGAAUAACGGACAGUCGCCCAGUUAUGGACCAAUAGGUCACUUAUUAGGACAUUAGUACCUUCGCUAAUUAUGUAUUUCGACCGUACAGUAUUAUGGCUAUCUUAUGCCAUAAUGCGGUUUUGCACUUUAAUAAAAUUCAUUUUUACGAUGACCAGUCUUUGACCUAUCCAAAUCGUAUUUUUUGUGAAUUAAUUGACUAUUAUAGUAAAUGGUCAAACAAUGGAGCAUUUAAGCUGUCCAAUAAUGGUACAUAAAACGGACAAAGAGUGGAUGAAUCUCGCUUAAGUUUUAAAAUUAAAUGUAUGGCUUUAAUGCAUUUUUCAACAAAUGAUAUUUUCAAUUAUGUUUUUAAAUAUAAAUGAUCGUUAAGACGUAAUAAAUGACCUAUUCAACAUGUAUUGCAAAUGCCAGAAAAUUGUAGUGAAUGUAAUGGUCGUUCAUUAGUACUACGAUUGGUCAAUUAAUGGCUCAUUUAUAGACGUUGAGUUAUAAUUUGUAUUGCAGCAGAAUCCAGUAUUAAUUAAACCAUGGCGCCAACAAAAAAUCCAAGCUAUACUCCAGCAGACCUAGAAAAUGCAAUUGAGGAAGUACGUAAUGGCGUUAGCUACUAUAAAGCGUCAAAAAAAUAUUCAAUCCCAAAAACUACUUUAAUCUAUAAAUUUACGGGAAAGACCCUUCUAACUCGUAAAAUGGGUCCAGAGACAAUAUUAACUUUAGAUGAAGAGAAAACACUGAAAACACUCGUAAAAUGGCUUUUCCAUUUACAAAAUAGGGGUUUUCCGGCUUCAAAAUCAUGCCUGUUAGAUAGUGUACAGAUUUUAAUAAAAGAUUUAAAAAGGAAAACUCCUUUUACCAACGAUCGACCUGGUACGAGGCAUUCAUGCGUCGAAAUCCAGAAGUAAGUGUUCGAGUCUCUCAAAAUUUAACAAAUGCUAGAUCGAGUGUUACAAAAGAUAAGUUACAAAGUUGGUUUUUGGAGGUGGAAAAUUAUUUUACAGAAAACUUUUUGUUGGACGCAAUUUCCGAUGGCAGCAGGGGGUGUUUAAUUGUGAUGAGACGGCUGCAUUUCUGUGCCCCAAAGACAACAAAGUUUUGGUCCGUAAAGGAGAACGGGCCGCCUAUAAUUUUGUCAACAACGACGAAAAAGAAUGCAUAACAACAUUAUUCAUGUGCAGUGCUAGUGGUAUCUUAGCCCCGCCAAUGAUACUUUUCAAAUAUAAAAGGAUGCCACAAAAAAUUGCCCAUUCUGUACCACAAGAUUGGGGAGUUGGUAUUACUGAUAGUGGUUCGAUGACAGGCGAAAGUUUUUUUGAAUAUAUUACAAACAUUUUUUAUCCGUGGUUAAUAAAAGAAAACGUUGAGUUCCCAAUUAUAUUGUUUGUAGACGGCCACACAUCCCACUUAACACUGAAGUUAAGUGAAUUUUGUUCACAAAAUAAAAUUACAUUGGUAGCUUUGCUGCCAAACGCAACUCAUAUUCUGCAGUCACUGGAUGUUGCGUUCUUUCGUCCAUUCAAGCAGCAAUGGAAAGCUAAAGUUUUUGAAUGGAGAAUGCAAAACAACGGACAAAAACUAAGUAGAGACGAGUUUGGGGUGUUACUGGAAAAGACGUUGCUUAGUAUGAACGGUACAGAUAACAUUCUGAAAAAUGGAUUCCGUACGUGUGGUAUAUAUCCUUUCAAUUCGAAAAGUAUUGAUUACAACAGAUACUUUAAGACCACGGAAAGCAGUGGCCAUACAUUGCAUGAAAGUACGGCAGAAAUUACAGAAGAUAACGACGGCACAGAAAAGUAUAAACAAUUUUUGGGCUUCUUAGAAAAAGAUAUCCCGGAUAAAAUUGAUCUUUUUCAACAAUGUACUACUGAAUGGACUGGAAACGUAGAAGACAAAAGUUUGUUUUGUUUGUGGAAAAACGUGUCUCAAAAAGCAUCAAGGAGUAUUGAUAUAUCAACAAAUACAGGAGAAUUGAUAGAUGAAGUUUUAAAAGAAGGGAAUGUAUCUUUUAAUGCAGACGACGCCAAUAAUUUCUUUAUUGACCUCGACGAAGAAGAAUUUGUCUUGUUAAGCAAUAAUGUUCAAAAUUGUACACCUUCCAAGACACCAAUGAAUAAUAAUGAACUUAUAGUGAUUAAUAUAAAUAAUAGCACAUUGUAUAACGGAGCUCUCUCUAGUAACGAUUUAAAUACCGUUAAGCAAGAUGAACAUAACAGUGAACAAAUGAAUAACGUUACAAUAGAACACACAAAUCCCCAAGUAACCCCAGAACCACCCGCAACAAUAAGUGAAGAAAAUGAAGAUAAUAAAAAUACACUUCAAGAACAAGACUUCAAUAAGAUCAAAGAAAGUGAGUCAGCUCAAGUGGCAGAACCAUGUAACAACCAACAACAUGAAGAUGCUCCGGAGUUACCUCAAGUUCAGGUUCAAGAUUUAUCCGGUGUUCCAACCCCAUUCAAAAGAUGUUUGUUUUGGCCAGGACCACAGCCGCAAAAAUCCAACAUUAAGACAAAGAAAAAAAUUCAUUCUGUUGCCUCUUCUGAGAGAUGGCAGGAAUACCAUAAGAAAUUGCAAGACGAGAAGGAUAAAAAAGAUGCUGACAAAGAACGACGGAAAGCAGAUAGGGAAGCAAAAAAGAAAUUGAAAAGUGACGCAAAAGAAGGUGACCAGAAUAAAAUAGAAAACAAGAGGCAGAAGAACGUCUUAAAAUAACACUGUGACUAUAAUACCGGCGUGUCCGGGAAAAAUAAGAAAAAUGGUAAUAGUGAAGAGAAAGCACAAUGUAAUGCGACAGAACAUGUGACAAGGAAAAAUAAGAGAAAGGACAAAGAUAGUGAAGAGAUAGGGAAAUACGUCAUUGUUGAAUAUGAUGACCAAUUGUACCCUGGUGUAAUAAUUGGCGUGGACGAGGAAAACAAAAGAUUUAAACUAAAAACAAUGGAGAAACAGGACACUGAAAGUAGAAACUGGAAAUGGCCCGAGAAAGAUGAUAUACUCUGGUAUAAAAAACACAAGGUUUUGGAAUACAUACAAACCCCCAUUUCUAUAAACGGCGUUUACAUUGUGAAAGAAAUGGACGACAUAAGCUAGAAUAUAUUACAAUUUUGUAUAGUUAUUGUAAUCUUAUAAUAUGGGAUAUUAUACUUACUUAGUUUCACUGUAAUGAUUAAAUAAACAAUGAAAGAAGGUAUCGGUCAAUUAUUGAAGCACAUACCAGUCAAAGAGUAGAACGUAGUAAGAUUGUGCCAGGUCAAUUAUUGGUGCCACAGCAAUUUUUUGA